AUGGCUGUCAUAAAAAGGGGAGCACGUAGAAAGGACGUUAAGGAGCCUAAGAAAAGAUCUGCAAAGAUUAAAAAAGCUACAUUUGAUGCCAAUAAAAAAAAAGAAGUAGGUGUGUCCGAUUUGACACUUUUAUCAAAAAUAUCAGAUGAAUCUAUCAACGAAAAUCUGAGGAAAAGGUUCAAAAAUGGAAUAAUUUAUACUUAUAUUGGUCAUGUGCUAAUUAGUGUAAAUCCGUUCCGCGAUUUGGGAAUAUAUACAAACACCGUUUUAGAGACCUAUAAAGGUAAAAAUAGACUUGAAGUGCCACCACACGUGUUUGGUAUUGCUGAAUCUAUGUAUUACAAUCUUAAAUCAUAUAAUGAAAACCAGUGUGUUAUCAUAUCUGGUGAGUCGGGUGCCGGCAAAACAGAGGCAGCCAAGCGUAUCAUGCAAUAUAUUGCAGCUACAUCUAAUAGCCACUCAGAGUCCAUUGGAAAAAUCAAAGAUAUGGUUCUCGCUACUAAUCCACUUCUCGAGUCUUUCGGCUGUGCUAAAACUCUGCGGAACAAUAACUCUUCGAGACACGGAAAAUAUCUGGAAAUUAAGUUCAACUCCCAAUUUGAACCUUGUGCAGGUAACAUCACAAACUAUUUGUUAGAGAAACAAAGAGUUGUUAGUCAAAUAAAAAACGAAAGAAAUUUUCAUAUUUUCUACCAAUUCACCAAAGGUGCCUCUGAUGCGUACAGACAAACUUUCGGUGUAAAAAUGCCUGAAGAAUAUAUAUACACUGCAGCGGCUGGUUGUACUACUGCAGACACAAUUGAUGACAUAAAGGAUUACCAAGGGACCAUAGAGGCCAUGAGAACCAUUGGGUUGGCCCAAGAAGAACAAGACCAAAUCUUCAGGAUGCUGGCGGCAAUCCUGUGGGUUGGUAAUAUUUCUUUCAUAGAAAAUGAAGAGGGAAAUGCCCAAGUAAGAGAUACAUCAGUGACUGAUUUUGUUGCCUAUUUAUUACAGGUAGAUGCUUCGUUGCUAAUAAAGUGUUUAGUGGAGAGAAUUAUGCAGACAAGUCAUGGAAUGAAAAGGGGUUCAGUUUAUCAUGUGCCUUUAAACCCAGUUCAAGCUACAGCAGUAAGAGAUGCUCUCGCCAAAGCAAUUUACAAUAAUUUGUUCGACUGGAUUGUGGAAAGGGUUAAUGUAUCUUUACAGGCGUUCCCUGGCGCUGAUAAAUCAAUUGGUAUUUUGGACAUUUACGGUUUUGAAAUUUUUGAACAUAACUCUUUUGAACAAAUAUGUAUUAAUUACGUUAAUGAAAAGCUACAACAAAUUUUCAUUCAAUUGACUUUGAAGGCUGAACAAGAAACCUAUGAAAAAGAAAAAAUCAAAUGGUCACCAAUCAAGUACUUUGACAACAAGGUUGUCUGUGAUUUAAUCGAAGCAAAAAGGCCACCGGGUAUUUUUGCUGCAAUGAAUGACUCUAUUGCAACUGCUCAUGCUGAUUCCAAUGCCGCUGAUCAAGCAUUUGCUCAAAGACUUAACUUGUUUAAUUCGAAUCCGUACUUUGAAUUAAGAGCAAACAAAUUUGUCAUUAAACAUUACGCAGGUGACGUAACCUAUGAUAUCAAUGGUAUCACUGAUAAGAACAAGGAUCAGCUUCAAAAGGACCUAAUUGAGUUAAUCGGCACAUCGGCAAAUCCAUUUCUUUCCUCAAUAUUUCCCGAUGAUAUUGAUAAGGAUUCAAAGAGACGACCUCCUACUGCAGGUGAUAAAAUCAUAAAAAGUGCAAAUGAAUUGGUAGAAACUUUGUCAAAAGCCGAGCCUUCCUAUAUUAGAACAAUUAAGCCUAAUCAAACUAAAUCUUCAGAUGAUUAUGAUGAUCACCAGGUACUACAUCAAGUGAAAUAUCUAGGUUUGCAAGAAAAUGUUCGUAUCAGAAGAGCAGGGUUUGCCUACAGACAAACGUUUGAAAAAUUUGUUGAAAGAUUUUAUUUGCUAUCUCCUGACUGUUCAUAUGCCGGUGAUUACACUUGGGAAGGGGAUACGCUUGAGGCAGUCAAACUUAUUUUAAGAGAUGCCAUGAUACCGGAGAAGGAAUUUCAGCUUGGAGUGACGAGUGUGUUCAUCAAAACUCCGGAAUCUCUGUUUGCUUUGGAAGACAUGCGUGACAAGUACUGGUAUAAUAUGGCCGCUAGAAUCCAGAGAGCAUGGAGAAGGUUUCUUCAAAGACGUAUUGAUGCAGCGAUAAAAAUUCAACGUACUAUUAGGGAGAAAAAGGGUGGAAAUAAGUAUGUAAAGCUUCGUGAUUAUGGAACCAAGCUCUUAGGGGGUAAAAAAGAGAGAAGAACUAUGUCAUUACUUGGAUACAGAGCUUUCAUGGGUGAUUACUUAUCUUGUAAUGAAGCUAAAACGAAAGGAUCUUACAUUAGAAGACAGGCAGGAAUCAAGGAAAAAGCUGUUUUUUCAAUGAAGGGAGAAUGUUUGCAUUCAAAGUUUGGCAGAUCCGCACAAAGGUUAAAGAAAGUGUUUAUCUUAACAAAGAAAUCAUUUUAUAUCAUUGGACAAUCACGAGUGCAAAAUUCCAUGAAAUAUAUGCAGGAUUAUAAAAUCGAUUUAAACAAAAUAAAACAGGUGAGCUUAACCAACCUCCAAGAUGAUUGGAUGGGUAUUGUCCUUAUAAAUAGUGCACAAUCUGACCCACUCAUUAACACACUUUUUAAAACAGAAUUAGUGACUCGUAUGAAAAAAUUGAAUGAAAAGAUAAUAAUAAAUAUUGGCCCGACAAUUGAAUAUCACAAACAGCCUAACAAACUUCACACUGUUCGCUCAAAAAUCAGCGAUUCGGCGCCCAAAUACGGUGACAUAUACAGGUCGAGUACAAUAUAUGUACGUCGUGGCCACCCUGCUAAUUCAAAAUCGAAUAAGAAACCUAAAAAUCCAGGUGGAUUAAGUGGAAAACCUAUCAGAAGCAAGAAAAGCAAGCACAAGCAUACUCACAAACAUGCACAUAGUCAUAAAGCUCACAGAAAUACUACAAAAAAGCAACCACUACCUUCCCAAAAAUCUACAACUCCGUUAUCUUUAGCAGCUACGGCUGCACAGGCAGCAUACAAUCCUAAAUCGGAUAAGACUGCAUUAUCGAAAUCAUUUGCUAAUCCUGCUGCCAGAACUAGUUCAAAAAACAACUCAAAAGCGCCCAUUAAGGAAAAAACCAUACUAAAGAAGAACACUGCAAAUAAUGAGACAUCAUCUGCUAAAGAAAAUCUGAUAUCAAUUCCAUCUUCAAAAAAGGUUAACGAAAAUCAAGAACCGUUGAAUGAAACAACUACGAACAUACCGAUUCCACCACCACCUCCCCCCAUGGGCCAAACGGAAGAUCCAAAGUUCGAAGCGGCAUACGAUUUCCCAGGUUCUGGAUCACCCUCGGAGUUGCCUCUAAAAAAGGGGGAUGUUGUAUUUAUAAGUAGAGAUGAGUCCAGUGGUUGGUCUUUAGCGAGACUUCUAGAUGGAAGUAAGGAAGGUUGGGUUCCCACUGCGUAUAUGACGCCAUAUACAGGGACUAGUGAUACUAUAUCUGCAGUAGAGGUGGCGGCAGAGAACAAUGCUAUGAAUCAAAAAUCAAAUCGGAUUCAUAGUACCAUAUCAAGUGUACAAGAAAGUGUGUCAUUAGAAACUGCAACUGUUCAAACCCCUGGUAGUGAGACCAAACCCAUGGGGGCAUUUAGCGAUGGUUUAGCCUCUGCCUUGGCAGCAAGAGCGAACAAAAUGCGGGCCGAAAGUGCUGACGAUGAUGACGACAAUGAACGUGAUGACGAUGAUGACUGGUAG